CCGGCAGUGGGUACAGUACGAAGGUUGUGGCGUAUGAGGGCUCGAAAGUCGAAGACCGGGGGGUUGCCGCCAACAGGAUGACGCCGGCGCGGAUCGUCGCCGCCGACGGCGCUUCGCGGCGAGGGCUGGAGGCGGCACUUCAGCGAGCAAGAGAGUGCGGUGGUGUUCAGCAGGGCUGCCGCCGCCGUCGGUCAACGCACACGUACACCCCGGGUUCACACCCAUCGUUACGGGCAUCGCGUUUCACCCCGAGGUCGGCCUCGUCGUCGCCCGCGAGAUAGAACCGCCGCCGCGAGGCGGACCUCCACCCCUCCCCCCGUCCCUCGCCCGUCCACCCCUCGCUCUCAGUUACAGUCUACUCGCGAUUCGGCCGGGGGUGACCGUUGCGCCGCUCCCCGAGGUGCAUCGUGCUGGCCGAUUAGGGUGGAGGUUGCGCGCCGUCGUGACGAAGGAGGGUGAGAAGUAGAGCACAGUGCGUGUCCUAACCCAAAGACCUAAACUGUGGAGCAGCUAUAGUGCGAAAGUGAGAGCCUCGAGAAUCAUCGUUGCCAUCGUGUUUCUUCAAUGUACGAGGAACCGAAGAGGACCGUGAAAUCGUGGCUCCUCCGAUCGGACGACCUGGGAUUUCGAGAAUCUCGGUGUUGAUUCGCCCGUGAGAAAAAGGAACAGGCCUGAGACGUCCGGGAAAAAGCUUCCGUGGAAUUGAAGACGAGUGCCGGAAAAAUCGGGACGUGCGAAGGUAACGUAACGGUGUGAUGUCGAUCGCGGGAUCUUCACGGAAGUACGGCACACCAGAUUCGAUCCUCGUCUUCGUGCGUCGUCGUACUGCGUGGAACGACACGAGGGACGUGCUGUCACUCCCGCGAGCGUGAUACGGCUCGUUCGCGCACACAUACGUCUUGACUGACACGCCGGAGGAAUACAGCGGGAGAGUCGAAGGGACGUCGAGGUAGUCGACGCGCGAAGGAGGCACGCAGCGAUCAUUAUUAUUCCACGAAUAAGUGUUGCAGGUUGAUCCGUUCAAGCGAGCGCGCGCGGUACAAAACGCGUAAACAUCGAUAAACGCCGCGCGCCGCGAACGGGAGGAAACAGCGAGCGGGUGAGAGCGAGGAGGAGGCCGCAAUUGCGUAAGAGAGCGAGAAUCGUUGCCCGCGAUGAUCUCGAUCGUCGUCGCCGAGGAAUCCCGCGGGAAAUCGUCCGGGACGCCGUGCUCGAUCCCUGCGCUGCUGGUCCAAUGCUCGGUAACGAUCGUCGCCGACGUGCGGCCGCACGAGGGGUGGUAGCGCUAACGCGUUCAAAGCAGGAUCGGAGGAGUAGCAGCGGCAGCAGCGGCAGCGGCAGCGGCAGCGGCAGCAGCAGCAGCAGCAGCAGCAGCAGCAGCAGCGACAGCAACAGCAGCACCAGCAGCAGCUGGUCGGAACUGGUACGCGCUUCCGGCACCGUGCACCGCCGAUGCAGUGGAUGCGGCACGUCGACAACGACGACAGGACGAUGGCCGGUGGUGGUGCGAGCGCGGAAGCGGCACUCGGAGCGUUAGUCGAAGCGGUGAUCAAUAAGACGUCCCGGUCCCGAUUGUGAAUUGGCGAUCGCUAUUUCUCACGCCGAGGCUCGCGGGGCACGCCGUCGUGAGGAUGUAGGGGGGCCCGGCGCAAUCGGGCCCCGCGGAGGCGCCGCUUCGUUUCCCUGCUCGCUGCCCUCGCGACGACGGACAACGCGGGAACGAAACUAAGCGACGAGGGAAUUAAAAGCGCGCGAUUACGAAGAGCGAAAGAAAGAGAGAGAGAGAGACGAGAAACGAGUAGAGCCGUGGAUAAUAUAAUAUAAAUACAAAAACGCGAUCGGCAGAAGAGUGUCGAACGUAAAGAUAAUUAUGUGUUCCUUAGUCCAUCUCUUAGGUGGCUCCUCGUCGUUAUCGAGCGUGUAUCGUAGUUCUCGUCGUACUAGCGAUUUUCUUAUACCAUCCUCGUGUGGAGCAUAGAUGCCUUAGUGUCCGUUUAGCGGUGGGAGGUCUCGGGAGUUUUCGAUUGACGGACGAUCCGCGAUCCUCUCCCGGUCUGCGAUCGCGAGCGUGGUGCGGUCGAAGGCGCGAUUAAAUGCACGAUUUCGGCACGCGACGAGCGUCGCACGGAAGCGAGAAAGCGGGGAAAACGCGCCGGGCGGAGAAGUGCGAUUUUUUUUUUCUGUGCGUCGCUGAAAGUAAAAUAAAUCGUCGUUAGUCGGCGAAGUAGGUCACGAGGUCGAUACUAAAAUGAAGUGAAGAUGCAAGAGGAAACCGAGAAAAUGGCAUGUGCUAACGACGUUAAUAACGGCGGACUGAUUUUUCGGGGCGGACCCGCCGUGAGUGCGAAGUAAUUAGUGAUUUGCCGUGCACGUUGCGCGCGCGUCAUUCGCGUGGAGUGCCGCGCGGAGGUAAUCUAAUAGCGGACUACCCCUACGUACCCCGAAGAUAAUUACUAGCGAAAAUGGUCGAUCUAGGAGGAUACAUUAUUAUAUUGACGAACGAUGACGGGAAGAUCAAGCUCUACGGAUCGCCGGCGGAUAAUGCGGACAAUUUAGAAGUGGGCGAUGAAAUUUUAGAAGUAAACGGCCGCACCUUAGAAAAUGCAACUCAUAAUGAAGUCAUUCAAUACAUACACCAGUGCAUCAAGUCUCGAACAAUAUGUCUGCGUGUCCGGAGAAGAAGCGGAAACAAGAUGGAAGAGCUGGACGGGCCGAACGCUGGGCGGAUACGAGACGCCUGGGUUAUCGCCGUCGAAAGGAGCGCGAGGGAGAGGCUGCAGAAACUGACGGCGCUGAAGAAGAUCCAGCCGCGCGACAUCCAGGCUAUUCUGCAUCAGCAGAUAAAUGAUGCGGUAGCCUCCACGAGCGAAGAGUCCGCCUCGAAAGAUGUAACAAACGGCCAAAUUACGGUUACUUUGGCAGAUAAGGAAUUGGGGACGAAUGCUUUCUCUGCGAAACUUAGCAACGGUACGAUUCCCAAGGGAUUAGGAAAAGAGGCGGACAUCCGAGUGGAAAACACCUCGCAAGAACGAAAGGACAUUUUGGAAAAGCAGCACAGUGUCGAAGAGCCGAAUCUCUUGCAACCGGUGCCGAGCGGAAGAAUUGGGGAACGUCGUGCGAGCAGCCCUUUCCAAAAUGGUCGGACAGAAGUGCUGAUUGGCGAACCGGAGGGCGGCCCGAGGUCGCCGCGGGGAUCGACGUCUUCGGCGGUGAACGACGGCAAUUUCCUGAAUCCACCGGACGAACGAGACUAUCCAGAACCAAUUUGCAGGUCCCGAAGGCGUAGCGGUAGUGGCGUGACGGAUAUACACUCUCAGCAACAGCAACAGCAGCAGUUGCAGCUGCAAGAGAACAACAACAGCAGCUCGCGCGACGCGAAGAAGCCGCAGGAGGGACUGGGGCCCGAUGAGAUGUGGGCCCCUGGCGCCCUGGGCCAUCAUCGGGAGCUACCUGUUGAUGUGCCCGACACCCUUCUACAGAAGGCCUACCCCAACAAGGUAACGAACCGCUCUUCCGAUUAUAGGAACGGGCUAGAGCAUCGUCCCCGUAGCGCUAGCGACCUUGACCUCUCCCUAAACCUUAAAAACGAAACCCUGAAAACGCGCACGAUCGCGGACGAACGCGCUAGACUCGCAUCGGACGACCGCGCGCGCGACAUCAGCGACGCCACCAGGACGCCGAUGAGCGUCCGCAACGGUCUUCAGCCGUCCAUGCUGAAGAUCGAACUGAAGAUUGAGGACGAGGAGGAGGAGAAGGUGAGAGCCAGGAAGGAGAUUGCAACAGACUCGCCGGACUUGAAGAGCGCCCUCAGGGCGUUCGUGGACGGAAACGUCGACGAGGACGCGGGCGGGCAGAGAGAGUCGAGCGUCGACGUCGAGGACGACUAUCCGUUUGCCAAGGAGGAUUAUCCGACCAUGCUGAAGACUUGUAGCGACGAUUCCGCGAGCCCGCGGAGCUCGUCGGGCAGGUCGGACAGCACCGCGCCCCUCGAUACCAGUCUGAUGCUCAGGCACGGUAAGAAUCACAAGGACUCUCCCACGUACGACGUUCGAAGGAUAGAUCUCGGCUCUCCGUGCAGAUCGGUGGUUCCCGAUAUCAAAGUGGCCCCGCUCUUCGGUCGCAGUCGAGACGCGACGUCCUUCGAUAAUCCGGCGUACGGAUUGACGGAUCUGCAGGAUCUCCAGGGGUUACUGCGAUCCGACGAAGUCUCGGAUCUGACGAGAUUGAUAGACGAGCAAUGCCCGAUCACGAGAAUACCGAAGGACCAAGAUAAGAUCCUGACCGUUCGCGCGAAGGACCAGCAGACGGAAUCCGCUCCGACGGAGCCGGCGAGCAAGUCCGGCAAGAGCCCGAAACGCCGACCGAACGACGAGCGCGCCAAGCUCGUGAAGGCGAAGACGCGCAGUCUCGACAUCGAGGAGUUGAUCCGAGCUUCGACCGAUGAUCUCCUCGGCACCGAGUUGAGCAACCUUUCCUCCUCGUCCUCUUCGUCCCGGCAACGGCCGAAGAAGAAACGGCAUCAUCAGCAGAUCGCCAACGGCUACUCCACGCUGAGGAGCGAGGCGUCCGGCGAUCUCGAGCAACAAGGCGCGGAUCGCAGCUUCCUCGUGGUGGGCGGCUCUUAUCGCGAGGUCGCCGUCGACUGUCCGCCGGACUUUGUGCCGGUCACCAAGUGCCAUCCGGUGUACCCGCCGCCGAAUAAGACUCCCGGCAGCAGCAAGCACAACACCCUCGAGCCGAGACGCGAUCGCGAUAGCGUCGCCAGCGAGGGCAGCGCGUGUGCCGCGACGAGUACGACGAGCACGACGAGCACGAGCGCGCUCGUAGCCUCCCCCUGCCUCUCCCCGAACGAUAGUAGCGUCACGACGUCGUCUAGCGGCGAAGGUAGCGCUAGGGAGAUCGCGGUCGCGCGCACUCUAGACCGUAAGCACGACAGCAAGAAGGUAAGGUCCAGAAUCAAGAGCUUGAUACUCGACGGCUUCCAAACUGUUAUGCACCACGAGCACCGCAGAUCGCUUCGGCUUUCCAGCACGCAUCCUCUUAACGCACUGACGCAGCUUCAGCUUAACGAACCGGUCCUGCGACGCUUCGAUAAGACCGCCAAGGAGGAGCUCCACGAGCUCCGUACGCUAUCGCCGUCCGUCUCGGGCGCAAACGGCGCUCGAAACGGCGGACGGCUCUUCUACGAGAAUUCCUGCUUUGAUACGUCCCACGAGGACGUCCAUCGCGGUGUUCCCUUGCGUCGAAAGUUUCUCGGCAACAUCAAACGUCCAUUCUCCUCCGUUCUUCUUCGCGAGGAGCUCCCUGAGAAUUGGUCGAAUUCUUUCCUCGCGGAAAGCGGGCACGGCGGGGCGGUCUUCUCCGUUUUCUCUAAAGCGAGUGACGAUUCCGCGCCCGCGACUGUCUCCGCCAACGAAACCGUCAGCUCUUCGGAAAGUCUCUUCGGUUCCCGAAAACAAGAGAUUGUCUCGCGCGACCGUCCGAACGAGGCGAUCGAGCACGGGCGAAAUGUUUCGUCGGUGUCUGAUGCUCCGACAUUGCCCAUCGGCGAUAUCCCAGUUCGCAAAAUCGCGGAUGACAAUCGCAUUCUACCGUCUUUCGUCCAAGAGACGAAUCAGAAUUCUCGCAAUUCCUUGCGCGAGCACUCCUCCGCGAGGCAGCAAAUCGUACAUCAUCCGUUCGAUGAUACGUACAAUUUCGAUGAUUUUCGUUUGCGAUACAAGAAGCGAUGUGACGACAAUUUGCUCCGUCCGCUGGACUAUUCGGCAAUUACGGAGAACGAGACGAACUCGAGGUUGUUUAUGGAGUAUAAAUAUUUCAAGCUGCUGAAUGAUUUGUUCACGUUAUUUAACAAUGGCUUGAAAUCUAACAUCGAUCCGCUUUCAAGAAGUAUGUUCGAUCUGUCGGAUUUACCGGCCGUUCGUUCGGUAUUCAAAGUGAGAAGUCGCUCGCUGUCUGUCUCUAUUCGGAGAAACUCCUUUUCACGGCACGCCAAAGGACUGGUCGAAUUGGCGACUUUGAACGAUAGCUUUCCUGUCGAAUGUAAGAAGCAGAGCACACCGGGACCACCGAUGCGCACUUUGGAGAAUCAUUCGUGCGUCGAUUCGCACGACGGCGCUCUCGAACAUCAGGCCGGUCUCAACGGGGUCAAGCCUGCCAUUCCGCCUCGCGAGCAGAAGAGAGCACCUGCCAGGCCGCCGAAAGAUAAUCUACGUCUGUCCACGCAGAACAAUAAUGUCGAGACGAGCGAUAACGCCAACGCCGAGCCGACGCAGCAGCAGCUUCACUCUAUCAGGAAAUAUCAGGAACAGCUACGGAGACGCAAAGAUGAGGAGGAGAAGCAAGAAAUACUCAGCCGUUCUCUCCGUGGGUCUAAGAAGCUCCAGGCUUUGGAGAGCCACACGACGAGUCUCGCCGGCCAGGAGAAUCUUGCUUACGCACAGGACGAGGUGACCACCGUCAGUCGGGUCACGCCGCAUGCCACACCUAAUGCAGUGCAAGAAGUGGAGGAGCCUCCCAGGCCCCUCACGUACGGUGAGGUCGUUGCUACGCUGGAGAGGCUGCAGUUUCAGCUGCGGAAUAUUUCAGGUGCUCUCGGUAUUUCGGAUCCAGGUAUCGAAGCCGAGCUCGAGGCGGUUCGGACGCUUUUGGUGCAGCAUCGAUUCGCGUCCGCCCUGACGAUGCGUCAUGCCUUGAAAAAUCGCCUGAGAGCGAGCAAGGUUCUCAAACAUCACACCGAUGACGCAACGAGCCUGGUCCGAGAUUGCAUGGACAUCUUGGAAAAAAGGCAAUCGUCGUCGACCGCAACAGGUGUCGGCGGAGCAGAGACAAUAGCCGCCGUGCAAGAGUUGAUGCGUAUUCUAGCGACUCAUAAUAUGGAAGCUCUGCUUCUGGCGCAUGAUUCCAUCGUCUCGUAUGUGGACGGCUUACAAAGGAAGCAGAGCCCGUCGUCCUCGCCGCCCAGUGAUCCGCCCAGUCCGACGUCGAGUUGGAAAGACUCUCGAAUAGUCGACAAUAUCAAGAUCAUCCGCAUCGAAAAGACGAACGAGCCUUUGGGUGCCACCGUUAGAAAUGAAGGAGACGCGGUGAUAAUAGGACGCGUCGUGCGUGGCGGUGCGGCGGAUAAGUCGGGACUGCUGCACGAGGGCGACGAGGUUCUCGAGGUGAACGGAGUUGAAAUGCGCGGCAAGACCGUUAAUGAGGUCUGCGAUAUUCUCGCCACUAUGCAGGGUAGUCUUACAUUCUUAGUACUUCCGGCUCCGACAAGCCACAGAAAUAAUUUAAGGAGAGAAGACACGACACAGAUACAUAUACGAGCGCAUUUCGAUUACGAUCCCGAAGAAGAUCCGUACAUACCGUGCAGAGAAUUAGGCGUGAGUUUCCAAAAGGGCGAUAUACUUCACGUAAUUUCCCAAGAGGAUCCUAACUGGUGGCAAGCAUAUCGAGAAGGCGAGGAAGACCAGACUCUGGCUGGUCUCAUACCUAGCAGAGCAUUCCAACACCAACGAGAAUCGAUGAAGCAAACGAUAGCCGGCGAUAAGACAACGGUGCGAGGCUCGAAAAAGUCCAGCACAUUAUUGUGCGCGAGAAAGAAUCCAAAGAAGAAAAAGCGGAACAAGUUCGGUGGAAACUUCAACGAUGACGGGUACCCUCUUUACGCGACAACUGCCAUAGAUGAUUACGACAGUGAGGAAGUGCUGACAUACGAAGAAGUCGCCUUGUACUAUCCUCGCGCAAAUCACAAGAGGCCAAUUGUACUUAUCGGACCUCCUAAUAUCGGACGACACGAACUCAGGCAGAGAUUAAUGCAAGACAGCGAACGUUUUGCUGCGGCGAUUCCUCAUACAAGUCGUCCGAAGAAGGACUCCGAGGUCGACGGCCAGGACUACCAUUUUAUUUCGCGUGCUCAGUUCGAGUCCGAUAUCCUCUGUCGGAAGUUUGUCGAGCACGGCGAGUACGAGAAAGCGUAUUACGGCACGUCCGUGGAGGCCAUCAGAACAGUGGUUAAUUCCGGGAAGAUCUGUGUCUUAAACCUUCAUCCCCAGAGUCUCAAGAUCCUGCGAAAUUCGGAUCUGAAGCCGUACGUUGUGUUUAUCGCACCGCCGAGCCUCGAGAAGCUGCGGCAGAAGAGGAUCAAGAAUAACGAGAGCUUUAAGGAGGAGGAGUUGAAGGACAUAAUCGAGAAAGCGCGCGAGAUGGAAGAUAAGUACGGCCACCUGUUUGACAUGCUUAUUCUGAACAACGACACCGAUCGGGCGUACAACCAGCUUCUCACGGAGAUCAACUCGCUCGAGAGGGAACCUCAGUGGGUGCCCGCGUCUUGGGUUCAGUAACCAAGCGGUCUUACGACCGCGCUUAAGACAAGCGUUUCCGCAUGUGUCUCGCAGGACGGCGAUCGGAGGCCAGUAUCGCGGUGUCUGUUUGCCAGACAAGUGCUUUUAAGCAAUUUUCCAAGCAAGGCUUUGCGCGAGCCCGAUAGAAAUUCGGUGAACUGGUUCUUCUACAGGUGCCUGUUACAUAGUUUUAUGUUUCUUACGCAAGCCUUAAAUCUCCCUCCCUCCCUCCCCCCCCCCCCCUCCGGUUGCUAUAUUGCAAGUACUACCCGCCUGACAGUCUUCCGCGUGUGUUGUCGUAUUUUGGUGCCAUGAAAUAACGGGGAGGAUCAUCUGCAAUUCCCUUCAAAGAAUGAAAAAAAAAUAAUGGAGGGAAAAGAAUGAAUAUAUUCUGCGAAAAAAAUUCUCAUACUUUUGCGACGAACUAUUCCUCGAUCGUAGAUCUUUGCGUUUGGCGUAGAAGCAAAAAUUAUCGCGCUUAUGUUUAUGUGGCGGCGAACGUUCUCGUGGCACGGUUGCAUCAACGAUGUUUCGAAUCUGAGUGACAUGUAAUCAAAUCGCGGACGAUCAUCGAUCGAAUUUUUAAGUUUAAGUUACGCUUAAAUUUCAAACAGAGUUGCUGCAGCUUGGCCUAUUUUGAUGUUUCGAACUCCGAAAGACAGACAUUCGCACGGGAUUUCCGAAACACUUAUGGUUACAUUCUCAGACUGACAAAAAAAAAAACGUUAUUAUAGAUGCGCGAGUAUACAAAAGUAUCGUCUUUCCCUCGGUGCGCCAAAGCACAUCUGCCGAGCGUCUUGCUCUUUCUACAUAUUAGUCCAUUCUACGUGAAGAAACGUACCUGACCUGAUGUCUCCUAAAAAGUAAAAAAUUUCCAAGGAAAGUUGACGAAAAUGCUAUGUAAGUAUCUAUUAUUAUUCACACAUAUAUGUAUACGUUUGAAAAAUUUUAACAAGUGGAAUCAGUUUUGAGAUCCACAUAUUUUUUUUUUAAAAGAUCCUCAUUCAGCCAAUACAGGCCAAUAAUUGCAUUACGAAAAAUUGCGUAGAGCUCAUUUUUUCGUGUGGUCGCAAAUAAAUUUCACGUAUGAAACUUUCAUUUCGUGAUCAUGCAAAGUCGCAUAUUUUUUUGCGUGACUUUCGAUUGGAAAUUUUUGACAAACCUGUCAUUCUAACCGAGCGGAAGCUGUUAUCAUAGGGGAAAAAAAAUUCCAAAACGACGAUCCCACAAGCAUAACGAUACACAAUGUAUUUCUUCGAACGCGAAAGGAAAUGUCUCGCGAUCUCGAAGCAAAGGUGAAACUCGCUAACGUUUUACCGCGUUCACCCUAGACAAUUCCGUGUUUGUUUAGAGAGCAGAAACUCGUGUUUCUAACCCGUAGAUUCGUUAAAACGCAAUAGAUUUAGGCUCGACUGUGGUUCGGUAUACAAGCUUUCGGAAAUUUCGCAUAAAACGAUUGUUUCUCCUGAGUGUUUUUUUACAGGGAGCGAUUAUUAUAUGAUGCGAUCAAUAGGGUAAAAAAAAAUGGUGUUUAUCUGUGUCAGUGUACCGCUACGAAUAGGGAUCGAUGCGAAGUAAAAAAGAAAAAAAAAAGAUAGUAAAGAAAUCGAUGGUUUUUCGUUGGAAAUUACGGUCCGGCAAAUGUGCAUGUAGCAUCGCGCGCGACGUGUAUCUUGCAGGUAUUCUUGCGUUAGCAAUAACUGUGUAUUAUCGGAAGGAAAGUCCCCUUUCCGUUUCUCGAUGACUUUUGAUUCCGGUAAACUCGGCAAAAGAUGUGUCGUCAGUUUGUCUAGAGACUGUGGGCUACUGUGUCGUGAUUAGAUCAGCCGUAAUGUUAGUCGAUCCAGAAAGAAAAAGAUAGAUACACUAAAUUCAAUGUGAAACAAUUGUAAAAGUGGAUGCGAGAUGUAGAGAGAUGUCUUCGGUGAAAAAAAAUCAUUAUCUCCAUUUUUAGCUAUUUAAAAAUCGAUCUUCUAAGCCAAUCAAUGCAUGACGGUUCAAUAUCGUGCCAAGUAUCAGACCGCAUGUGAAAAGGACGCAAAAAACUGAGAGAUGUGCCAAAUAUAAUCCUGGAUUAUUUCCAGAGGAAUCCAAGUUUUAAAAUGCGCUCAAAGGCACCUUAGAAUUUGUCAUUAUAUUGAUUAUGUAAAUAAUUGUGCACUUGUAUAGAGAUGAGAAUGAGGAAAAGAACGUUACGAAACAUAGUUAUUCGAAUUAUUAUUAUUUUUCUAAUUAUUAUUACUCGAAUUAUUAUUAUUAUUAUUACUAUCAUUGUCAUCGUUAUUGUAUAUUCCGUGCUCUUUUUGUCGAGUGAUCAUGACAGAUAGUUGUUAAUAUAUGAUCCUUUACGUAACAAUGGGUGACGCCGAAGUCGUUAUCGUGUCUUGAACCAGCUUAGAUAUUUGUGUGAAAUCAGCGAAUCAAAUUUUUGACAACAGUUCCUCACUUGGCAAAUGUUGAAUGACAAUUUAUGUCAUAAUUAUGAUCAUUAUACAUAUGAUUCUGAUUGCCGUCACUGAUUAUGGAAAUAACAACGGUGAAAGUAUGUACAUUAUUAUUCUUAUAAUUAUUGUUAUUAUUAUUAUUCAUAUUAUUAAUUAUAUUAAUUUUAUGUGUAAAAUAAACGUACAAUAUUUCAAAGAGAAGAAAUAUAUAUAUAUAUAUAAGAAGAAGAAACAUAUACAAAUGUAUAUACGUCGUAUAUACACGCACACAUGUAUUGCGAGAGUCAGAGGAUUACCAGAUUUCGAAUAUAUGUCCUAAGAGUCCUGGUUGUAGAAGAUAAUAUAUUGUUUCGAUUGUUACAUUA